UGUAAGUCCCGUGGCACGCGCGCAUGUGACUAUGUUUCAUUAAAGUCGGUCGUCGGACCACUUGCCAAAUUCGGCUCUUGAAAUUUGUUUGACAAUCCCACAGGAACUGUUACACAGUAAUGAACAUCUAGUUGUUUUUAAAUUCGUUAAAAAUUCCAACACAAAUGGAUUUACCAACACACCUACCGAUAGCUUUCCUGAUCCUUGUUUCGGUUACAGCUUCCUUUUCUCUCACAAUCAUCUCUCUUGAUGUGCCUGAGACUGUUCCACGAGGCCGAGAAGUAAAGCUGACUUGCUUCUACGACCUAGAGGGGGAGAAACUAUAUUCGGUCAAAUGGUAUCGAGACGACGUGGAGUUUUUUAGAUUUGUCCCACGGGAUAAGCCUCAACAACUAUAUUUUCCUCUGGAAGGGAUCGAGGUUGAUUUCGCUAAGUCCAAUAAGCAGACCAUCUGCAUUCAAAAUGUCCAAGCUGAGACAGGUGGAAAGUUUCGCUGUGAAGUCUCAGCUGACGCGCCGUUCUUCAAGACAGCAGCAGCCGAGAAAUGGAUGGCAGUACAAGAUACUUCUGGAUUUCCCCAGCAUCUUAUUCAAGGAUCACUACCAGUGGUUUUGGUGGCAGCUUUUAGUUCUGCUUUUUACGGAGAUCUUUAUUGGGAUUAAUCCCAUUUCGGAAUCAGCUCUGUGUUAGAGGAAGCAAGGAACUGUGAGAAUGGAAGAAAAUAGAAGAGAUGGAAAAAAACUUGUGAAAUUAAUGAAAUAAUAGUCUGAUGUAAUCGAAUUGAAUGUCUAACCUUAAUGUUAUAAAAUUUCAGAAUUAAGAAUACAAGUAUUCAGUACGUAGCAACAUCUUCUGUAACUGUAGAAUACACAGAAAAGAAAACAAGAAUCGUUAAUAUUGUAUUCUUGGCUAAAUAUGAUUUAAAUCAUGAAGUAAAAAAAUACUUCGGUAACCGCAGUGUGAACCCAAUAAUCCCUACUCCCCCUGAUAUGGCAGGCUAACAGUAGUUCACCGUUAAUAAGAUUUGUGCCUCACUUCUAUUGGUGUUUAAAUUGUAUGUGUACAUUCUGUAAAUACUCUGUUUAAUCUCAGGAUAUUCACACACACACAGAUAAAUGUCUCUCUGUGUGUGUAUAUCUUGAUUUUCAAAAUUUUUGACAAGUAGUUUACUGAUUACCAAUUUAAUAUUUUCGGUUCAAGAUCCUAGUUGGCAAGGAAAAGCUUUUCUGCUGACUAUAUAGACCGAUAGCCAUAUCAUGUUCAAGACUGAUUUAAUUUGUACUGAUUUAGUGUUAUUUUGCGAACUAAACUUGUAAAAAUAAUAAAGAAAGACUAACAAAGUCUAAAAUAUCACGUAACAGAUAAUCUUCUUGUAUAAUUUUGGAAGUAGUACCUUAUUAAUUUAAAAUAUUCUUAAAAUAAAUCUUUGAAAUUUACAAAAUGUAUACUUGCCAAAGAUAUAC